AGUCGAGCAGAUCUACAUUCAACAGGCUACAACUACGAGUGACAGGCAUGGUACGAGAAGAAUACCAAUAAAACUGGAUUGUGCGAGAAAAGAAACACAACUAACUGCUUAAAAAUAGACUACUGCGAGAAGAAACUCUUGGAACAGGGCUGUUUGUGACAUCUUAUUAAUAAUCUACCGGUUCAAUCUCUUUUUUGACUCGUUUCGACUGUAGUGUAAGUACUAAUGUAGCUCGUCUCUGGAGUGACGAAGUUUGUUGUCGUUCGCUUUUUUGGUUUAUUUCCUAUCCUUGUUGCGCAUGACUAACUCUUCUUCUCGGAGGUCUAUGUGAAAGUUGGAUUGGUAUUAUUUUUUUGCUGGUAUUAUGGCCGAAGCAGCCCAGCAACCUUUGGUGGAGAUCGACCCGGAUUUCGAGCCACUCUCACGGCCCCGGUCAUGUACCUGGCCACUGCCGCGACCGGAGUUCAUCAACCCGGCCAACUCGAAUACAUCCUCGCCGGCCCCUUCCGUCAAGCAGGAGCCGAGUGGCAAUGCAGAUUUCAUCAACAACCUUAGCUUAUUAGAAGAGACCGAAGACUACCCGGAGCAGAAACCCCUCGUCUUGUGCAAUGAUUUCCAGUGCCAAGAGACUUGCAUCCACCAACAGGCACAGCAACAUCAGCAACAGCAUCCGAGUCCCCAGCUCCCGCACCAGCAACAGGUGUCCCUGCUCUCCUCCCCUGUCGGCUCUGCCUCCUCAGUGGCCGCGACCGCCGCCGCUCAGCGGAAGACCAGCUCGUCCCGUCGCAAUGCCUGGGGAAAUAUGUCUUACGCCGACCUCAUCACAAAAGCGAUCGAAAGCUCCCCGGAGAAGCGCCUCACCUUAUCACAGAUUUACGACUGGAUGGUGAAAAGCGUGCCCUAUUUCAAGGACAAAGGCGACAGCAACAGCUCCGCAGGCUGGAAGAACUCCAUCAGGCACAACCUGUCCCUGCACAGCCGCUUCAUCCGCGUGCAGAACGAGGGCACGGGCAAGAGCUCCUGGUGGAUGCUCAACCCCGAGGGCAGCAAGAGCGGGAAGUCGCCCCGCCGCCGGGCCGCCUCCAUGGACAACAACAGCAAGCUCGCCAAGAGCCGCGGGCGAGCCGCCAAGAAAAAGGUGUCCCUCCAGGGUGGGUCGGAGGUGAGCGGCGACAGCCCCGGGUCCCAGUACAGCAAGUGGCCCGGAAGCCCGAACUCCCACAGCAACGACGACUUUGACACCUGGAACAGCUUCCGGCCGCGGACGAGCUCCAACGCCAGCACGGUGAGCGGCCGCCGCUCGCCCUUCAUGCCCGAGCAGGAGGAGCUGGUGGACGGGGACGUUCACCUGGUCUACCCCGGGGGCUCGGGGGGGAAGAUGAGCACCCUCCCCAGCCUUUCGGAGAUGACGGGCCACCACGCCUCGGAGAACGUCAUGGAGGACCUGCUGGGCAACCUCAACCUGCUCUCCCCCAAGAACCCGCAGGUGGGGGGCGGGGGCGGGGCCCCGGCCGGCUCCGCCCAGUCCUCCCCGUCCUCCAUGAUGCAGGCGAGCCCCAGCUACCCGGCCUACAGCUCCCCCAGCAUGGGCUCGCAGGCGCCCCAGCAGGACUACCGAAAGUGCCUGUACGGCCAGGCGGGGCUCAACGCCAUGUCGCCCAUGCCCCUGCAGACGCUCACCGAGGGCAAGCCCGGGUUCAGCCCCCCCCUGGGGCAGUACGGCUGCCCCGCCGGGCUGCUCAAGGAGCUCCUGACCUCGGACGGCGACCAACACGGAGACCUCAUGCCCUCCGUCGAGACCGUGGUGUCCCAGUCCGCGGGGGGUCGUAUGAUGUCCCCCUACAGCGCCCCCCAGCCCGGGCGAGGGGGAGGCCACCCCCACCCUCACCCCCACUCCCACCCACACCCCCACCCCCACCAACACCCCCAUGCCUCGCGAGGACCCGCCCCCCCCACAUCCGUGGCCAUGAACGGGGGGCGCCCCCUGCUGCCCCCGGCCGGCAUGACGCAUGCCGGGGGUCUGGCCCGCCUGGCCACCGUGAAGACCCCCAUGCAGGUCUCCUUCGGCCCCGGGGUCCACCUCCCGGGGGGGUUGCUCCCCAACUACUGCACACCAAACACCAACGGGUACGGGCGGCCCGGCCUGCCUCCUCCCCACCACCUGCACCACCACGAAAAGCUGCCUAGCGACCUCGACGACAUGUCCAUAGAGCGCUUUGAGUGCGACAUGGAGUCCAUCCUCCAUGACACGCUCAUGGACGGAGACACCCUGGACUUCAACUUUGACUCCAUGGGCGCUCCCCAGGGGUUCUCUCACAGUGUGAAGACCACCACACACAGCUGGGUGUCGGGGUAGACGUCGGAAAGAGCCAAGCACACACACAUGUACAGGUUAACAAUUAAAAACCGUAUCUCAGCCAGAGCUGGACCUUCAUCAGGAAAAUGGAAAUCAGUGACCCAAAGACAGAGAAGCCAUCCCCAGUUCCUCUUUUAUCAUCUCAGUCGUUUCAAGAGACAAUAGAUAGUGUUGCUUUUCCUCCUCUCUUUUUUCUUCAGCACUCAGUUCUCGUGCAAGCCGAGACGCUUGUCCUCUCCCUUCAGAUUUUGUGCUGGUUUUAUUUUCUUUUUACUUUUAUUUGCUUUUCAUCCAAUCCCUGUCGUCAUGGAACUGUAAAUAAAUCAAGUGCCAAACUAUUUGUGUGAACUUCAGAGCCAAGUUUAUGUUGCUUUUUUUUUUAAUUUUUCCCGUCUCAAGGAGCUAAUCAGUGCUGAGCACGCUAGCCGUGUUAGCACGACUCCCUUCUUUACGCCGCAGAAACGCAACAAACCAGUUCACCCCUGUAUAGCUAGGCUUUGGUAUGACGUAAUCUGCACCUUAUCUGAGAAAAAGUUGGAAAAACUGGAGUUAGAUGCCAUGUAAACAGGUUUUAUGUUUUUUUUUUAUUGUUAUUUUAUUUCAGGAAUUAGAAAUACCGUUUCACUUUGAGACAUGAAGAACAUUUAGAUCUCAAUUCUUUUAUGUCGAUUCUUCACGUCGCUUGAUGAUUUUUCUCCACCUCAUACAGUGUGCCAGUGUUUUCUUCAGGUGUUGAGCUUUUUACGUUAGUGUACAAUGUGCCCCUUAUUGCCUAAGUGAAAUCUUGUGAAUGAGCAGGAGAAACUGCUUGUUGUGAUAAAAAGUGAUACUUGCUGUAAGCCAGCCAGCUGCAAUUGGUCUCAGAUUGUCUCCUGUUCCAUUCAACUCGAUUUAAUCAUCUUCAGAGGUGUGAUAUAACCAUUGAUCAUGAGUCUCAAUUCACUCAUGCAAUGUGAAUGAGUGUCGCUCUAAUGAAUGUUAAUCUAGUCAACCUGCUUUGGUCAGAGGAGCUGGGAAGCUAAACUGGUGUAUGUGUUUGGACUCUGAAGGUCAGCGUGUAAAUACUGUAGAUCAGUCAAAGCUGGGCCUGGACUGUAUGAAGGAGGCUAACAGGCUCCUGGCUAACGGGCUCCUGGCUAACGGGCUCCUGGACGAUGUUACAUCAUAACACAUUUUUUUUUGUGUGUGUUGCAUAUUGUACUUUUAAAAUCAUUUUAGAUAUACUACAUUAAGAAGUAGUAUGUUUAGAGUUGUACAGCAAGUUUACAGGCAUGCACAUGUAAAUCAGGGCCAUAGAUGUAAAGCAGAAAAGAGAAGAAAACUGGAUCUGACUAUAUUUUGUGUUUCAUUCAGGCGGGAAACUUCUCAAACUUGAGUGCUUUUUUCAAUGAGGCUGUUAACAAGGUUAUUUCUUUUAUAUUUUUUGUUAUGUAAAUAACUAAAACGUAUAUUGAAAGUAUCUACGUAGAUAUAUAUUUGCAGAUGCAGACGUUAUCCAACAUUUUUACAGAUUUGUUAUUAUUGUUAUGAUAUUAUUAUUAUUAUUCAUUUAAUUUUUAGCUUUUGCCUCGUAGAAGGAACACAGUACAGUAAAGUUCUGGUCGUCUGUGUUUUUCCACACACAGUCUUAAACGCCUUAAGGGGCUUAAUGGCUGUGAUAAACUCUUGAUUUUCGAGAUCGUCUCACGCACACCAGGCUUAAAAGGAGUCCUUCAGACUCCUCAGGCUGUGGCAGGCUCUUACCAUAAGGGACAGAAGACACAAAGCCCCAGUUGUAGAUAUUUUUUUUUACAUUUUUUAAAUGCCGCUUUUCAAUGCCUUAGCCUGCACACUUGCAGGUGCUCUCUGUUUCAGUAAAUGUGCCCUCACACUUAAGGCCCCCCCUCCAGUGAGUCCCCCCCCCCCCAAAAAAAAGAAAGAAUAGUUGAGUGUAUACAAUGAUUCACCAUUGAAGCCCACACGUGUGCUGUCAGGGGUGUUGGUGUGUUAGGGGUUGGGUGUUAUUUUAAUGCAGGAACAUAUGUCACUUAGCCAGAGAAAGAGAGGGGGGAACACAGGUCCCUGUCCUGUGGUUAGUUCAUCUGGGUGGAUGGGAGGGGCUGUGUCAGUGCUAAGCAUUCAGCCGUCCAAUGCGCUCUCUCUCUCUCUCUUUUUGCUGUUUGGCUCCUGCUUUUUACACCCCAGUUAGGGCUGUGUUAGCCCCCCCCCCACCCCCUUCCCAAGCACUGGUCCAGCUGAUCCAAGUCUGUCUGUGCUGCUUUGUUUAGUUUUUUUUUUGGUUGUUGUUUUUGUUUUUUUUUUUGUUUUUUUUUGAACCUUUGGAUUUCUUUCAGGUGGAAUAACACACUGGUGCCUUUCAGCCACCUCCUCCUCCCCCUAACCAACUGUUUUAUUCUGUUUUUUUCUACCUCUCUUUCUCACUCUGUCGCUCUCUCAUUCCUUCUUUCCCUCUCGCUCUCAUUCUUUCUAAUUCUUUUUCUCUCAUUCUCUCUCUUUCUCGCUCUCAUUCUUUCUAAUUAUUUUUCUCUCACACACUCAUUCUCUCUCUCUCGAUCGAUCGAUGGCCCUCGCAUCUCGGCCUACAUUUAAAGAUGUCUGUUCACUCCGGAGUGAAAGAUGUCUUAAAAAUGCAGACUCACUGUGUGUAGCUUAGAGAGGUCACACCCAACCCUUCCCCGCCUGUGAAGUGUUACUUAACUCAAUAGAGCGUGUACAUAGCAUUUUAGGUGUUCAUGAUUUUUUUCUUAAAAUUUUUGAAGACUUUUUUAUUUUUUAAGAAUGCAUACUGUUUGUUAAAGAAGACAUAUGCGUGUACAUACACAUAGAUGUUCCUGUAUGUAUAUAAAUAUAUAUAUAUAUAUAUUUAAAAGAGACAUAUUCCUUGUUUUAGCGUAUCAUUAGGGAGUGCUCAGAUAAAUAUGUAGAUGUUAAGAAGCCGAGAGGUUGCUGACCCCUGCUAAAAUACUGUGCUCAUUAUCGUUCGUCAGGCUCUGUUUCCCAGUUUAAUGCUUAAUGAGAGCUACAGGACCGCAAACAAGCCUGUCCUGAGUUCACUGAUUACUGAAAUUCAGCAGAAAUGUAAAAUAAUGAAAAGCUAAAUCUAACGCUUGUUUAAAAUCCCUUGCUCGAAAUUAAGGACAAAGUGCAUCGUAGUCUGAUUGAAUAUUUGCCCAAAGGGCAAAGCUCGCGCUAGUUACUCUGGGAUAUUCCUGAAUUAAAAAUCCCAGUCUGGAAUCUAAAUAAAAUGUGGCUGUAUAUGAUUUUUUUUCCCCCAAUGACUUGUAUACAAGUUAGUAUUAAUUAAAGUUUAUGAAACUGACCAAUUUUACAAUCGCAUCAACUGAAGUUUGGAGAAAGGAAAAGCUAGCGUCAGUGUGUUAGCAUCUGUGCUAAUAGCACCAAUCCCACUCUUGCGCCUGAAGGUCAGCUGAGGGAAGUUUCCAUGAUCUAUAUUUCAGUCACAUUGUGUACGAGGUCCCUCAUUUCAGACCAUAGAACGUGAAUCUCCUGUGUACUAAAAAGCACAGGCGUACACAGCUAAUAUAAUAAUUAUAAAGAGAUUUUACAUAAAAAUAAUCAGAUAUAUAUAUAUAUAUUAUUAAAACAUGUAAAUGAUUGCUUUGUGAAUUGUGAAGAUGAUAUCACCUAUGCAUUCUUGUUCUUCUUUUUGUUUGUUUGUACUGAUGGUAAAAAAUGAAAAAAUGUCAUAUUGUAACAUAGAGUUGUGGAGAUAUUUCAUGUCGAUGUCAUAAUUGUAUUUGUUUUGAAUAGUAUAUGAAAAAAAUGAAGUAUAUUUAGACAUUAGAUGAUGCAAUGAUUCAAGUGCUUUGCUUUUUUGGUAAACUGACACUGUUGUUUUUAACUGCAGUUUAUAAGAAAACCUAAAACGUAGAAAAAAGAAGCUUAUUGUCAGUAGUAGAAAAAAAAAUCAGCUGUCUGUUGGACAAUACCCGUUUAGAGCGUGGACAUUUGGACCAAUUUUUUUAUAGACUGAGAAAUGUAAAUGUAUUGCACUUCUUUAUUACCAGUGCUAAUGGACAGAGAAGAAAUUGUUGCUUAUUUUAAAAUCAAACUGUUACAUCUUUAAACUUAUGUACAGUGAAGCAUUACAAUUUUAGCACAAUUUUCAAUCAAAAAAAUAAUAAAAAAUGAGUGAUGUACGCAUUUAGAAAAAAAUAAUUAAAACAAAUAUCCAUCUGUUUAGGACAGAGGUCUCGUUGGUUGGAAGGGAAGGGGUUGAGAAAUAUGUGUUCCUACAGGUUUGUGCUGACACUGACAUGUAAUUAUUAUUGCUGCUGUUCACAUGGAAGCUGAUUUAGAGGUUAAAAAAAAAAAAAAAAAAACAUCCUUGUGAAUAAUCACUGCCUCAUUAACGGUUUAAAAAAUAAAAAUAAAAAAACAGCAAUUUUUUAAAGGUUAAUUUUUUUAACCUUAGCAACAGUGCUCCCAGAGUCCUCUUAUGAGUAAAUGCCGGAUACAACUGUAUUAUAUUGCAACACAAAUCAGAAAUUAAACAUGUACAAGAACAGUCUUUGCAGUUGCUGUAUGAAGCCAUAUGUAUACAUAAAUUAUGUUACAAAAAAUACAA